AUGGAAAAUGAUUCACAAGUCCUUGUUCCUAUAAAGGCGAUUCCACUUCGCCAAAUACCACCUCAAAGAAACCUCUUGGACGAACAAGAGAUGUCAAGCCCUCAAGCACCACCACCUUCUUGGGAUAGUCCUCCAAAACUAUCCUCCUUGAAGACAAAGAAGAAACUUCUUCCCUACCUUGAAGCAGCCGACCUGGAGACAUCUAGCCAAGCCGCAUCUUACAGAGAAGAACACCUUCUAGCCACGCCAGAAGAGGAGAUUAACCCUGAGAUGAUUGAGUUCGUGAAGAGAGAUCAAUUCCAUCAUCUGUUUUCAGAGUAUGCGCUAGAGCAUCUGGAUCACUUUGAUAAUCUUUGUGAUUCCUAUGGAGUCUUUGACUUUGAGAAGAAGAUGAUGCUAUUCAGCACAUCACUAGCUGGACCAGCACUAGAUUGGGCGCAGCAUGAGCCACUCUCUACAAUCGAGUCAUGGAUCGAUUUUAGAGAAGCCUUCUUGAAGAGAUUUGCAAGGCUACCACCUUUCAAGUCCAAGUACAAUCACUACUCUCAUCAGCUGGAGAGAGAGCGUGAAGAAGAAGAAUGGGGAGGCAUACCACCCCAUCUUGAAGAGCUAAUCAAGCAUGUGGAGAGAAACCCUUUCUACAAUUCUACUUCAGAGUGUGCAAAGGAGCAUCUAUGCAACUUUGAGCAGCUUUGCCACGACUAUGGAGUUGGAGAUAACCCCAAGAAGAUACAACUUUUCCAACUAUCUUUAGCUGGACAAGCCAAAGAAUGGGCUAAGUUCAACGCCCAACAUGCUUUCAAGACUUGGAAUGGAUACAAAGGAGCUUUCCUCUACAGAUUUGCUAAAGGUCCCAUUUAUGUUCCACCACCACGCCCCAGUAAUUUUUCGAUGGAUUUCCGACGGUUUUCAACAGCACAAAAACGGUCGGUAAUCCGUCGGCAAUUUCCGACGGAUUAG